CCGGAACCCACUUAUUAGACAGCACAGGAAGUCCAGCUUCCCCCGUCUGUCAGACAUUGUGCACACAGGGAAGCCCGCCUGCUGUGACUAGUAACCUCUCGCUUCACUUUCUCCUCAACAACUUCAAAGUCUCCUGAGACUUGCACACUACACCCUUCCUCUCUCUGGAGCCAGCGGGUGGGGACUUCACCAAUGAGAAUGCAAGUUUCGCAGAGUGGCAGCUCACUUAUCCAAUCGGUGCGCUGAGAAGGCUUUCCUUUAGCAGUCCAUGCUUGUAGAGCGGAACGCUAAGUGCGUUUGGGGCUUGUUAUGUUUUCUGCAUAAGAAGAGAGCGGGGCCGAGCAGUGGAGAGGACACACGGCUGCCAGAUCAUCUUUGUGUAAACAUACCUAAGUGUCAGUGACCGAUGUGCUCAUGUGAGUAUACUGGAUGUGACCGAGACUGGCUUCACCGCUUAUGGAGUUUUUUGUUGUAAUGUGGAGAAACUGUAAAUGAUGAACCUCAUUGGAGCUGGAGAUUAACAAUGACCAGUAUGGUAGAACUUGAAGAAACUAUUAAGAAGCUUGUUGUACGACUCAAAAAUGUGGAAGAGGGAAAACAGAUUGACACCCUUGUCCAAAUAUUGGAAGAUUUACAUAGUUCAACCUUUUGUCUAGGUGCAUCGGAAAUAUGCAGUCGCAUAAAUGUUCAUUCACCUCUGCUGCUUGUACUGGACUCUUAUAUGAAAGUCUCUGCUGUACAAAAGGUGGGCUGGUCUCUCCUGUGCAGGUUGAUAGACAUUUGUCCACAAACUUUGCAUAGCUUACAUACUCCUCUGGAUCUUGGACAUGAAUGGGAAGUGCUUGGUGUCCAUCAGCAAAUUCUGAAAAUCCUAUCCAUUUAUGUUACAAAUCUUAGUGUCUUGACAAUCGGAUUGAAAGUUUUAACUACUAUACUUGCUUCAGAUGUGAUACAUUUUUUAGUUUUGGAUCAUGAUGCGGACAUUUUUAUGCUUAUAUUUGAUGCGAUGAAAAUGUUCUUUGAUAAAGAAGAAAUUCAAAUAUAUGGAUGUCAAGCAUUAUACCUCCUUCUAGUAAAAGUUACAGAUGAACAACUGACAGAGUUCGUUGAGAGCAAAGAUCAUUUAAUAAUCUUGAAAGUGCUGGCAGAAUUUAAGGAUACAGAAUGUGUUACUUUGCCAGCUUUGCGCGUAUUGCUUCCAUUGGCUGGACCCUCUAGCAAUGUGGAAUUACUUAUGUCUGGUAAUGUAAGAUGCUACAAUAUCAUAAUGGAAGCUAUGAAGACCUUUCCAAACAGUGAAAAAGUUCAAGAAGUGUGCUGUUGUUUAUUUCAGAAACUUACAUUUGGAAGCUUCUUCAAUAUUCUGGUUCUAAAUGAAGCUCAUGAAGUCAUCAUAAAGGCACUGACCAACUAUCCUGCAAAUCCAAAACUGCAGGCAGCUGCUUUAUCCUGCUUGGCUCUUCUUACUGAAACUAUUUUUCUGAACAAGGAUUUGGAGGAUAGAGAAGAUUUGGAGGAUGCUAAAGGACAGCUUUAUUGGUUUGAAGCUUCCUAUAAAGCUUUAAAGCUGCACAAAAAGAACACAGAUGUACAGGAAGCUGCAUGCUGGGCUCUGAACAAUCUGUUUAUGUACCAUCCUGAGCUUCACAAUAACAUCGGGGAUGAACAACAUCAGUACCCUGUACAUACAGAGGUGAUGUUGUCCAUGCUAAUGCAUUCUUCUUCCAAGGAAGUAUUCCAUGCGUCUUCAACCGCAUUGGCCACCCUUUCUGACCAUAAUGCAUUUAUUAAAAAAACUUUAUUGGAGAAGGGUGUUCAUAUAAAUGUGCUUGAAAUUAUGAAAAAACAUCUUGAUUCACCAGAAGCAACUGAGAGCGCCUGCAGAGUAUUACUUCAUCUCUUCAGCGAAAGCUCUUUUAAUUUAGAUGUAAUGACUGUGACUAUGACAUGUCUGAAUAAUGCAAUGAAGCAGCACAAGAAAGUGGCAUGUGUUCAGCUGAUGGCUCUGCGACUGAUGCUGCAGAUCAUGUUUAAUGAAAACAUGUUUGAUGUACCAAAUGAUGCCGUGAAUGCAAAAGAAACUGCUUGUCUGAAUCUCCCAGUUAAAGUGAUCAAAAACCAGUGUCUACUAGAAAGAACGCACACGUUAAUUUUAGAAGCUCUCAACAAAUUUAUUGGCAAUCCUGCUAUACAGGAAAGUGGUUUUAAGGUUCUGAGUUGCCUAUCAGAAUGCUCAGGAGCACUGCAAUUGCUUUCAGAGCAGGGAGCUAUUGAUACCAUUUUACAUACCAUACAGAUGUACCCAGGAAAUCAAGAAAUCCAGUGCUUUGGUUUCUAUCUCUUGUCCUAUCUGGUUACAAGAAAGAACUUGUGUAUAGCUACAAUGCACCUUUUAUCAAGUCAUCUGGUUUCCACAUUACAGAGGUACAAGGAUGUUGUGAGGAUUCAAGAGGAGGGAUUUCGGACAGCCAUAACACUGAUAAAGUUGUCACAUAGCUUUGCAAAGCUUUUGGAUCUAGAAGAGUUUGACACUGUGCUUUUCUAUCAGAUUUCCCUGUGCUUGGCAAACAGACGGAGUCAGAAAUUGCAGACUUUGUGUUAUCAAUGUUUUGCUGAAAUGACUUUGGAAGAAGACUUGAAAAACAAUUUGCUUGUAAAGGCGUGUGCUGAAAAUCAUUUAGCCAUAGCUGAAAGCUUGCUUUUGUUGGGGGCAGAUGUGAACAAAAAGACAAAACAUACAUCACUGAUCAUUCAGGCUUGUGAAAAAGGUACCAAUCCUAAAAUGGUUGAACUGUUGUUAAAUCACGGAGUCCGUGAGCAGGAUGUACAGAAAGCCCUUCAGAUCAGCAUUAAAAAUUGCAAUAAUGAGAAUAUAAGCUUACUGUUAAAAAAGCUUGGCUUAGAUGUGGCCAAUAACAGCAUUUGCCUGGGAGGUUUCCAUCUGGGAAAGAUUGAACCAUCAUGGCUUCAUCCACUGUUUUUAGAAAAACAACCAACACUCAAACAGACUUCUAUAGAUCAAGAAGGGAAAGCAGACUUGGCGCCAGUUUUAGCAAGGAAGGUUUUACGCUAUUAUGGCUGCACAUCUCCAGAUUUGAGUUCUGUAGAAGACAUGCUUGAUAAAAGUGAUGAUUCAUUCCUUCAGGAUGGUUUUGAAGAUGUAUUUGCCUGCAGUGAUGACCUAGACAGUGAAGGUAGCGAUGGGAUGCUUCCAGUGAAAAAAUCUCACUCAUUUGUCAAUCUUGACAUUCACAAGGAAAAUUCAAAACUGAAUCACAUACCAUCAGGGCAAAGACAAACUAACUCAUUGGGUGCAUUUGGAGACGAACCUGUUAUAUGUCGCAGAAAAGAUUUUGUAAGCCUCGAUUAUCCAAGUUUAGCGCUGAGGUUUCCAUUACACAUGAAGCGAACUGAUAGCGCCUCUUCACUGACAGAAAAAGAGCACAUUAGAUCCCUAGAUCUGUCUGCAAAUGACCUGGAAAACAUAGGAUUAAUAAAUAAAAAGUCUCUUCUUGUAAAUCAUUUGGAACGCCUUGAGAAAAUUGAGCUUCAGCAGAACAGAUUAACAUCCGUGCCAAAGUCUCUUUGUGAGGCUUUAAAGUCUUUGACUUACUUGGACUUGCGUAAUAAUGGCUUCAAAUCGUUCCCUACCUGUGUUCUGGAGAUGAGCAGUAUUGCAUUCCUUGACAUAUCAAGAAAUGAAAUUGGUCCUUCCUUUGACUUGAACACAAGUGCCGUUUGUCUGACCUUGAAGCAUCUUAACCUUUCAUACAACCAGCUGAAAAGUUUUCCUGUUUGUUUAGGAAAUGUUACUCAAAGGCUUGAAGAGCUAGUGCUAGAAGGAAACCGCAUUUCUGAAAUCUGUAUGCCACUCUGCUUGCCUGAGCUACGAACUCUGAAUUUGAAUAAAAACAUAAUAUCUUCUCUUUCCUGUGAUUUUCUUCAUGACUGUGCAAAGCUAGAAGUCUUUAGUGCUACAACAAAUCAGCUUGCUGAUCUGCCCUGUAUGCCUUCGAAGUUAACAACAUUAAGGUUAUCUCAUAAUAAAUUUGCAGUUGUACCCAAAGAGAUCCUUCAGCUUUCACACUUACGAACAGUGGAUUUAAGCAGUAAUCGUAUAGAAAAUCUACCAAGCCCAUUAGAGUGGGCUUCAUUGAAUUUACGGGAAGUUAUCUUGAACUACAAUCAGAUUUCCAUCUUAAAUCUGGACUGCAAAAAUCCAAGCAGAUGGUCAAGGCUGGAGAAACUGCAGCUAUCUCACAAUAAACUCAAAGAGAUCCCCCCUGAAAUUGGAUUUCUUAUAAACAUCACAUGCUUUGAUGUGAGCCACAAUCCAGACUUGAGAUCAUUUCCAGAUGAAAUGGGAAAGCUUUCUAAAGCUUGGGAUCUUUCACUAGAGGGUUUAAAUCUGGACUUUGACUUGAAACAUAUAGGCUGCAAGGCCAAAGACCUAAUUAGAUUUCUUCAGCAGCGCUUGAAAAAGGCAGGUCCUUAUAAUCGUAUGAAGCUGUUGAUCAUGGGAAACACAGGAUGUGGAAAAACAACACUAGUUCAGCAACUAAUGAAAGAGAAGCGCCCAGGAAAAGGACCUGAAAAGGCCACUAUUGGAAUAGAUGUAAAGGAUUGGCCCAUUUUGAUCAGAGGGAAAGUUAAAAAGGAAAUUACACUGAAUGUGUGGGACUUUGCAGGUCAGGAGGAGUUUUACAGCACUCAUCCACACUUUAUGACGCCACGUGCUUUAUAUCUUGUGGUUUAUGAUCUCAGUAAAGGAGCAUCAGAAGUUGAUGCUAUAAAACCAUGGCUUUUCAACAUAAAGGCUCGUGCUUCAUCUUCUCCUGUUAUUCUUGUGGGAACACACCUAGAUGUUUCAGAUGAAAAACAGCGAAAAGCCUGCAUAAACAAAAUAAAAGUGGAACUAUGUAACCAACGGGAGCUUCCCUCUGUGCAAGAUUAUCACUUUGUGGAUGCUACUGAAGAUUCAGAUGCUUUGGUGAAGCUUAGGAAGUCUAUCAUCAAAGAAUGUUUAAACUUCAAAAUCAGAGACCAGCCAGUUCUGGGACAGCUUAUUCCAGACAGUUACCUUGAACUUGAGAAGAGAAUACUUAUUGAACGAAAGAAUGCCCCCGCUGCAUUCCCUGUAGUCAGCCGCAAAAGGAUGUUGGAAAUCGUAGAGGAAAACCAGUUGCAUUUGGAUGAAAAUGAACUUCCACAUGCAGUUCAUUUUUUAAAUGAGUCUGGGGUGUUAUUGCAUUUUGAGGACCCUGCUCUUCAACUUCAAGACCUUUAUUUUGUGGACCCUCAGUGGCUUUGUAAAAUUAUGGCACAGAUUUUGACCGUUAAAGUUGAUGGGCGUCAGAAAUAUCCUAAAGGAAUUAUUAAUUGUGUAGAUGUGGAGAAAUUUCUUUCCAAUAAAAGAAAGUUUCCGAAAAAUUACAUGUCUCAGUACUUUAAGCUGUUGGAAAAGUUCCAGAUUGCUUUACCCCUUGGUGAAGACCAGCUUCUCAUUCCAAGCAGUUUAUCAGAUCACCGGCCUGUAAUAGAAUUGCCUCAUUGUGAAAAUUCGGAAAUCAUCAUACGACUGUAUGAGAUGUCAUACUUUCCUAUGGGCUUUUGGUCUAGGCUCAUUACCAGACUUCUUGAAGUGUCCUCAUACAUGUUGUGUGGCAGAGAACGAGCACAGCGUCCCAACAGAAUGUAUUGGAGACAGGGUAUCUAUCUGAAUUGGUCACCAGAAGCCUACUGCUUAGUUGAGUCUGCAAGUCUAAACAGCAGUCCAAACAGUUUUCUAAAAAUCACUGUUCCAUCUGGCAGGAAAGGUUGCAUUUUACUGGGACACGUCGUGGAUCAUAUUGAUUCUCUUAUGGAGGAAUGGUUUCCAGGUUUGCUGGAAACGGAUAUUUCUGGAGAAUGUGAUACAUUGCUGAAAAAAUGGGCAUUGUACAGCUUUGAUGAUGCCCAAGAGCACAAAAAAAUUCUACUAUCUGAUCUUCAAGCAAAAGCUGAGGAAGGAGACUUGCUAGUAAAUCCUGAAGAUCUCAGGUCUACAAUUCCUAUUUCUCAGAUUGCGCCUGACCUUGUUUUGGCUGAUUUGCCCAGAAAUAUUAUGUUAAACAGCGAGGAGUUGAAAUUUGAGCAAUCUGCUGAGUUUUUACUGGGUGAUGGAGGUUUUGGAUCUGUUUAUAGAGCUGUAUAUAAAGGCAAAGAUGUGGCUGUUAAAAUUUUUAACAAGCAUACGUCCCCAAGACUCUUGAGACAGGAACUGACAGUACUUAGUCAACUCCAUCACCCAAGCUUGGUAUGUUUGCUGGCGGCUGGUGUUCGACCUAGAAUGUUGGUGAUGGAACUUGCGUCCAAAGGUUCCCUUGACCGUAUGCUACAACAAGACAGUGGUUGCCUAACCAGAACUCUUCAGCACCGGAUAGCUGUCCAUGUAGCUGAUGGGCUGAGGUAUCUUCAUUCAGCAAUGAUAAUCUAUCGGGAUUUGAAGCCUCACAAUGUUCUGCUGUUCACUUUGUAUCCAAACUCUGCUGUUAUUGCAAAGAUUGCAGAUUAUGGCAUUGCACAAUACUGUUGCAGAAUGGGAAUUAAAACCUCAGAAGGCACUCCUGGAUUCCGAGCUCCUGAAGUUGCCAGAGGAAAUGUAAUUUACAACCAGCAGGCUGAUGUAUAUUCUUUUGGGCUGUUGCUUUAUGACAUCUUGACAAGUGGAGCAAGAAUGGUUGAAGGACUAAAGUUUCCAAAUGAAUUUGAUGAGCUUGCAAUCAAUGGAAAGUUGCCUGAUCCAGUCAAAGAGUAUAAUUGCCCACCCUGGCCAGAAGUUGAAGUUUUGAUUAAGAAAUGCUUGAAGGAAAAUCCUCAAGAACGUCCCACAUCUGCUAAGGUUUAUGAAAUUUUAAAUUCUUCAGAACUUCUUUGUUUGAUGAGGAACCUCGUGGUACCAAGCCAUCUUACAGCUGAAUGCAUUGUAACGACAAGUCCUCGUGUCAGGAAUCCCACUGUUUGGGUCGGAAGCGGCAGCACCGAUAAGGGACAGAUUUCCUCCUUGAAUUUAGUUAAAGGUGGACACACUUGUGAGGACUUUUCGGACAGCAGAAUCCUGUGUCUUGCACUUGUGACCCUACCUGGUGAGAGAGAACAGUGGAUUCUGGCAGGGACGCAGUCUGGUGAAAUAGUGUCUAUGCUAACUGAAGAUCUCCAAACAAAACACUGCAUUCAGAAAAUGCCUGAUUCCAUUACUUGCUUGUUGUUUUGCUGUGUUGUGAAGCAGAGCCAGAAAAAAUACUUUCUGUUUGUUGGUACAGCAAAUGGCCUUAUCACAGUGUUUGAUGACGCUGCAGUGAAGUGUCAAGAUGUGAGUCCCGUGAAGGUACUUAAUGUUGGAGAUAUCAGCACUCCAGUGAUGUGCCUAUGUGAAUCUACAUAUUCAUCUGAAAAGACUGCUGUCUGGGGGAUCUGUGGAACAAAGAUCUUGUCUCUUUCCUGUGAUUUUACUAUUCAAAAGACUAUUGAAACAAAAACUGCUGCAUUAUUUUCUAAUGGAUCCUUAAAUGACUCAAACAUAACUUCUUUUGCAAUUGACAAAUACAUCUAUGUAGCAAAAAAAUACAGUCCUCAUGUGGAAAUUUGGGAUAAGAAGUCAGAAAAACUAUCUGGAGUACUAGACUGCGCUCUUUUUCUCAAAGAGGAAAUUGUAAAACAGAGAAAACUGAAGAAGGAAGAUUCUUACACUGCACGAGUAAAAGCUUUAUUUCUGCAGAAGAAUACUGCUCUGUGGGUGGGGACUGGAGGAGGACACAUUCUUCUCAUUGACUUGUCAACACGGCGCCCACUAAAAAUCAUUUCUAGUUUCUGUGACUCUAUCCGAUCCAUGAUUCCCGCCCAGCUAGAUAAAGGAAGUGUUAAAAAUGUUGUACUAAUUUUGGGAUGCCGCUGCACACCACAAAAAGAAAUACAAUCUUUUCUUUCUGUAUGGGAUACAAACCUCCCACACGAGGUUCAACACCUUAAGAAACACAAUGAAAUUAGACAAGAGCUGGCAGAAAAAGCACGGGGGUCGUCUCUAGACUUGUAAUUGGAGGAUCAUUGCAACAUGAAGAAACACAGAUUGCAGAACAGAUGUGGAAACCAAACUCACUCAUUGAUAUCUUUGAAGAAAAUUGAUGUACUAAAAAAAAUUACGAUGCAUGCAAUUUUAAACUAAUUGGGACUCCUUUCGCAUUAGUGCUUCUCCAAAGUUGCAUGACUUUACAUUCUUUAAAUCAGUCACAUCAAAAGUCGCACCUUUCCAAAGUUGCUGCGACAUUAAGUAGCACUGAUUUGAACAGGUGGAAUUGAAAAGAAUGCUGUGCCAUUUUGUCUUGUAACUUUGAUGUCCAAAGUCACAUGACAAAUCGCUUGUUUCCCUAAUGAAUUUAUGCAAAGUAGCCAAUAUUUGAUUGUUUUCAGUGCAAUUUGGAUGCAUAGAUAAUACAAAUCACACAUUAUGCAUUUGCUAUAUAUAUAUAUAUAUAUAUUGGUAUUUUAUUUAUUUUGAUCCUUAAUGGGCGUUCCCAAAAAUUAAAGGGAACCUUUGUAAACUAAUCUCAUAUGCGGAAACAUUAAUGCUUGUGGAUGUGUUAAAGGAGAAGUAUGUUUUUUUUCUUUUAGUUUUAUACUUACCUCGGUGGAUGGAGCAUCA